AUGUCAGGUCGAGCCUCUUCCUUGCCCAGUGUCGCUGGCAACAAACCAGCUCUGCUGACAGUUUCUGGAAGUCCUCCAAGUGGUCAUCAUGCCAAUAUCGAUGAGAGAGCAGAAGCAGAACCUACCUCGCAAGGUCAAGCACCAACACCAGCACCAGCACCCGUACCCACAAAGCAAAAACGGAAGUAA